AUAUAUACCCGUAGCGUGCCCACGAACCACACCACAGCACACCAACCGCGCGCCACUGAUCCAUCAACUCCACUCCACUAGCUACGCACCUUCCGACCGACCAGCGAGAGAGAUGGAGAGGAUGGUGAUGAGGCUGAUGAGGAACAAGAACCAGCCCCUCCGCCAGCUGCAAGGGGCCGCCGCCGGCGUGCUAGCGUCGUCGUCCUCCGCCUCCUCGGCCGCCGGCGCCGCCGCGUCUCCCUUCUCCACCCUGCAGCAGCAGGAGGACCAUCCCGGGGUGCUCAACAUCAGGGACACCGCCGCCCACCUCAUCGGCCGGACGCCGCUGGUGUACCUGAACAAGGUGACGGAGGGGUGCGGCGCCCGCGUCGCCGCCAAGCUCGAGUUCCUCCAGCCUUCCUUCAGCGUUAAGGACAGGCCAGCAAUCUCCAUGAUCGAAGAUGCGGAGAAGAAGGGGCUGAUAACCCCAGGCAAGACGACGCUAAUCGAGCCUACAUCCGGGAACAUGGGCAUCGGCCUGGCGUUCAUGGCUGCGCUCAAAGGGUACGAGCUCGUGCUGACGAUGCCAUCAUACACCAGCCUCGAGAGGAGGGUGGUCAUGAAGGCCUUCGGCGCGCAGCUCGUGCUCACAGACCCGGCGAAGGGGAUGGGAGGCACCGUCAGGAAAGCAACCCAGCUCUAUGAGAACCAUCCCAGCGCCUUCAUGCUCCAGCAGUUCGAGAAUCCCGCCAACGUCCAGGUGCACUACGAGACCACCGGUCCGGAGAUAUGGGAGGACACGCUCGGGCAGGUCGACAUCUUCGUCAUGGGAAUCGGCAGCGGCGGCACCGUCACCGGCGUCGGCAAGUACCUCAAGGAGAAGAACCCCAACGCAAAGAUCUAUGGAGUUGAACCUGCCGAAGCAAAUGUACUGAACGGUGGCAAGCCAGGGCCUCACCUCAUCACUGGAAAUGGAGUUGGAUUUAAGCCAGAUAUUUUGGACAUGGAUAUAAUGGAAAAGGUUCUGGAGGUGAAAGGCGAAGACGCCGUUAAGAUGGCGAAGCAGUUGGCACUGCAAGAGGGCCUGCUGGUGGGGAUAUCAUCAGGAGCCAACACAGUGGCAGCGAUCGAACUCGCAAAGAGGCCAGAAAACAAAGGGAAGCUCAUCGUGACUGUUCAUCCGAGCGCGGGAGAGCGAUACUUGUCGUCGGCGCUAUUUGAGGGUCUGAGGAAGGAGGCUGAGGCAAUGCAGCCAGUGCCAGUGGACUAAGUUGGAGCUAUACAACGCAUGUAGAAUAAAUUCACUGCAACCAUGUUGCAAGUGCUAGUCAUACCUCCAUUUGCAAUUCUUCAGUUUGUUCAUCAUGUGGAACUCGUGUAAACAACAGUUGAAAUGGUUGAAAAAAGGACUUUACCUCUCUGGA